AUGCCGCCACGUCAGACCCAUAGGGAAGUGGCUGCGAGCCUUGAGCAUGAGCGUAGCGGAGUGGCUGCGCUUGAGAACACACCUGAGGAGUCAGGGGCAUCAAGCCCCUUAUCCCAGCCUCACAGAUCCCCUGGAGUAGAAGCCCAGCUUGCUACGGCCCUCGCCCUCGAAGCUGAAGAGGAGGGCGAGCGAAUCCGUCGACUACAGGAACGCCUAGAGCGCGUAGGACAAGAGGAGGCUUCUCCCCACACUCUUAGGUCGGACGAACGAAGCGUUAUGACUACUGUAAGCUCUACUUCGCAUGCUGGUGUACCACGAAGCCUAAGGUCGAGGGCAAUCCCUGAAUACCGAGGGAAGAACGUCCGCGAACAUAAUAAAUUCAUUACAAGCUGUGAGCUCACCUUCCGCUUUGAACCACUAGCUAGGACAGAUGAGUUCCGCUGA